CGACUGUGUUAAAGCGAGCGGCGGAGGGGAGGAAAAAUACGACCGACGUACCGAGGGAAGAGACGGACACGUGACGCCGACGUCACUGACGGUGGAGUUGGCGUGAGAGCUCGAGCUCCGCCGCGCGCCCAGAUCAGAACCGAAGGAAACAGCAAAGAAUGACGAGCAGCUCCAAGCGGAAAGAAGAAAGUCAUCUGCUGAAUGGGGGUGUAAAACAGUCCACAUGGAGCAAAGCCUUCAACAGUAACGCCGUUUGGGAGGAGAAGGAUGAAUUCUUAGAUGUGAUUUACUGGCUCCGACAAAUUAUUGCAGUAGUGCUCGGAGUGAUAUGGGGUGUUGCACCACUGAAGGGGUUUCUAGGUAUAGCCAUAUUCUGCAUCAUCAAUGCUGGCGUCCUUUAUGUAUAUUUCAGCAGCUUUCAGCAGAUCGAUGAGGAAGAGUAUGGUGGCACGUGGGAGCUCACCAAAGAAGGCUUCAUGACAUCGUUUGCUCUGUUUUUGGUGGUGUGGAUAAUCUUUUACACAGCUCUGCAUUUUGACUGAGGGAAGUCGACAGGACACCAAAUAUGAACAUUUCUGUUGAAGUAAAGACACAGGAACUCCAUGGCUUAAGGGGGGUAAACUCUCCUACAUACAGUAUGACUUCUGUGUGCAGUGCAUCAUGGGAACCGUAGUUCGAAUGUUAAGAUACUGCAAGACCACCAUGUACUUUAAUUUAAGGGUUCCAUUUUAAUGCACUCUCCAAUGCUGUACAAUAUUUCCUUUCUCCAUUUUUUUUCAUCAUGUUUUACAAAACACUAAUGAUACAAGAAGCCAAUAGGUCAGAUUAGAAUAGCUGCAGUUCAGUUAGUGUUUGAGCAGGAUGUUGAUAUUAACAGAAUAAGUUAGUUAUUUGUUGAUCAGUGCAGCAGCGUCUUAUUUACGCUUAAGAAUGACAGGAACAAUAACUCGUGUGAGCUCAUCACACAUUACAGCAUGCUUUCUGCUCACUAAAUUACAGGAAUGGGGCAAUAAAACAAGUCAAUAGACGUCAGUCAGUCAGUGUAUUACCCGGAGUUAACAAAAGGCCUCAUCACAUCUACUCAACAACCCAGGAUGUUCCACCUUAAAUCAUCCUUCUUGCAUUUCAUCGGUCCCUGAUAAAAAUAUUUAAAAAAUUACCAUUAUAUAAAGUUACACGUGUCAUUUGAGGAGUGUUCAUUGUAGGUAACCAUUACGUUUACCACCUACAUUAUUUGUGGGAGAAAAUCUGAAAUCUCAGUUGUGCUAAUUUUACCAUCACAGUUAAAUCCUAGUUGUAAGAUACACAUAUCAGCUAAUGUCCUGUCUGAAUGCCAGUAACAGCACAUUGUACUGAAGCACUCACGCUUCAGUCUGGAUCUAAACCAUCCACCUGUUCAAACAGAUUGCGAAGCUUGCAUGCUAAUGCAAAUGUUCACAGUUUGAAGCCAACCCUGGUCUGUGCACUGCCAUGAGUUAUGUGUUUGUGUAGAUGUCAUUUACUAAUGGCAUUAGUUAGGAGGGUAGAUGUAAUUUAAUUUAAACAUGUUUUCUCACAUACAGCUUCCAAAUCCAUGUCUUACCUGUUGUUUUUCAAUUAAUUUAAUCUUGUUUGCAAUGUCCUAUUUGUCACAUCCACAUUGUAUUACACAGAUUUAUUUGUACUUGUGUUAUGUCUCUUGAUGUAACAUUUCUCAGUAUUUUAUAGUGAAAACUUUUAAAAUUUGUUCAUGCAAAGUUAUUGUAAGGAUACUGUUAUAUUAGAUAAAGCAGCUGGUGUUCGAAAGGAUUGUAUUUUCUGAUCAAAACUUUUGAGAAUCAUUAAACAUGGGCUUUAUUUGGCCUCCAUUUUCAGA